AUGAAGUUUCGCGGCUUUUCUUCUUCUUCGCGAACCUCCAAAACCAAAUCACCAAUCCCUUUUUCCAUUUCUCUUUCUUCUUCUCAUCAUGAUGCUGCUGCACGUCGGUUUUGCGGUGGUUUUAUUGAUUCUCCUCCUUCUCAGACUGAGCUUCAUGAUUCUCUCGCUUCUCUCCAACGGGUGUUAGGACUUGCUUCCCGUGUCGAGCUUCAUAGGGACAUGUAUUGCAACAAACCAGAAAAGGAGCUAAGCCAUGUUGGCCGAAUUUCUGAAGGUGAUUCAGAAACUGACUGGAUAGAACCAUUUUUGUUUCCGUGUGAUCCGAAAAUGCUACAAGAAAAUGGAUCUGAUAGAGUUUAUCAUGCAAUUCACUUAUUGCAAACUGAUCCAUCCGUCCAGAGAUUAGUAAAAUCAUUAUCGACCGAUGCGGCUGUUUGGGAAGCUGUUCUCAACAAUGAAGUUGUUCAAGAGCUUAGGGAGACAAUAUCUGCAGAUCAAGAGCACAAACUUCGGAGUCUAGAUGAGAUUGCUAAUGAUGACCCUGAUAAGUCAACUAAUGUUUUAAUUUCGCUAUUAAUUACUGCCAGAACCAAAUUCAUGGAAGUAAUCGAGAAAAUUACCAAGAUUAUGAUCAGUCUUUUUCAACAAUCAUUCAACAAGAAAGACGACCAUACAGAAGAUUCUCAGCCCUUAAUUGAGAAGCUGCGUGCUGCUUUCAUGCUUUCGAUCAUGGUCUUGUUGAUUGUGGUGGUGCGUCGUGUCCAAAGAUAA